CCACAAGACCGUAUGGCACGUCCGGAAGAACAACGCAACCCAGGUCGCGCUACAAAUGCCGGAGGGGUUGUUGAUGUUUGCUUGUACCAUCUCGGACAUUUUGGAGACGUUUUGUGGAGUUACGACGUUAGUGAUGGGGGACGUUACGUACGGUGCUUGCUGUGUCGAUGAUUUCACCGCACGGGCUUUGGGAUGUGAUUUCUUGGUGCAUUAUGGGCAUUCGUGUUUGGUUCCGGUGGAUGUGACACCCAUAAAGACGUUAUAUGUCUUUGUGGAUAUUGGGAUUGACGGGACGCAUUUGACGAAGACGCUGCAGCGGAAUUUCCCAGAGCAGGGGACCCAUUUGGCUAUGGUCGGUACUAUCCAAUUCGUGGCGACGAUCGGUACGGUCAAACCCGAACUCGAAGCAAGCGGGUUCAGGAUUACGGUGCCACAAGCAAAACCCCUGUCACCGGGUGAGAUUCUGGGAUGUACAGCCCCACGCCUCGUCGAGGGCACAGACGCAAUCGUCUACGUCGGCGACGGCCGUUUCCAUUUGGAAUCAAUCAUGAUUGCCAACCCCACCGUCCCGGCAUUCCGCUACGAUCCAUACUCAAAGGUGUUCACGCGCGAGAAGUAUGGACACGAGGAGAUGUACGAAUUACGACAAACAGCCAUCUCCAAAGCCCGUCGUGCAAAGAAGUACGGACUCAUCCUCGGUACCCUCGGCCGCCAAGGCUCGCCAAAAGUCCUCGAAAACCUCGAAUCACAACUCCAGAAAGCGGGGAUGCCAUACGCAAUAAUCCUCCUGUCCGAAAUCUUCCCCCAGAAACUCGCACAAUUCACUGAUAUUGAGGCAUGGGUACAAAUUGCUUGUCCACGUCUCUCGAUUGAUUGGGGAUAUGCGUUUGAGGCGCCGUUGUUGAGUCCGUAUGAGGCUGCGGUUGCGUUGGGCGGGGUGGGGUGGCAGGAGGUUUAUCCGAUGGAUUUUUAUGCGGGGGAGAGUUUGGGUGGGUGGACGCCGAAUCAUGGGAGAGGGGUUAGGCCCAAGAGGAGGGAGCAGAAGGAGGUUGAGGGGAGGGUGGGUGUCAACGUUGUUGCAGCGAAUGCAUAAGGAGAUGUGGAGUGGGAUGCAUUCAUUAUAUCCAUUAUUGCGAGCGAUGUUGAAGACAAUUGUCAGGUCCCUUCCCUCCGUAUUAUUAUUUCGCUUCCCUAUCAUACAAAGCCAUACCGUCCAAGCGACCUCAAAGCUUGGGAA